UCCAGCCGCUCUUAAUUUGUAGGAAGAAGAUGCUCUGUUUUAUGGACCUGAGUAUUCCGGGGACUGAAAUGUAAGAAGACUUUAUGUUGGAUAACAGGAAGAGGUGUAGAGUUUGCAGGUAUCAACUGUGGUCUUACUAAGCAUGUCAAUAGCAUCAAUGCCAGAUAGACGUUGAAAAUGCCAUGGAUUGUCUAUUAGAAUUGUCUGCCUCUGAUGCCAAGACAGAAGAAUCAUCUUCAUAAAGCUUUGUUGCUUCUGAGAACCAGCCAGUUGAAACAGGAAGUGAAAUAAUGGAGAAGUGUCCUCUUGAAGAAGAGAGUGAAGAUUCGAAGAUGGAUUCAUUUCUGGAUAUGCAGCUGACCGAAGACUUGGAUUCCUUAAUACAGAAUGCUUUUGAGAAAUUGAACUCUUCUCCUGAUGACCAAGUAUACUCAUUUUUGCCUUUGCAAGAUGUUAAUAGUUUUAAUGGCCCAAGUAAGUUUAUAAAUUCACAUUCAAGUAGUACGACUCCUGUCCAUUCUAUGCAAAAGAUGGAUUCCAACAGUGAGAAUUUAGAAAAUUCUGUCCCUACAGUAAGUUCAAACCCAUUAACUUCACAUUCAGUUUUGAAUGGGUCCAAAAGUUUUAUAAAGGAUAACACUUUGGCUUUAGAAGAUGAUUACCAAGAAGAUUCUCAUCUCAGUAGUUCUUUAAAUCCAACAAAUGACUCUAUCGUGGGUUGUAGCAAUCUCAAUCAGAGACAGAGAGAGCUUUUAGAAUCUGAGUGUGUUGAGGCUCAACUUUCCAAAGCCCCUGUAAAUUUGGAUGCUAAUGAACCUCAAGCUUCUUUAAACUUUCCUGUGCAAAAUUCAGGGUGUGAUUUGCCAGAUACUGGUGGGAAUCAGAGGUCUACUUCUGUCUCUGAUAUUUUUGUACCUUCUGAAGGGUUCAAUUUCAAGCCACACAAACAUACUGAACUACCACCAAAGGGGAAGGAUAUGAAUUACUGCCCAGUACUUACCCCUGUCCCUUUACUGCUUCCUCCUCCUCCACCUUCACCAAUGUGGAAUCCAAUGAUUCCUGCUUUUGACCUCUUUCAAGGAAGCCAUGGGCUUGUGGCUCCUGUUAUAACCACAGCUGCACACUGGAGACCCGUCAACUACACAUUUCCACUCUCGAACAUUUCUCACACUUCCCCAACAAAGGUAUAGAGAAACAAAGAGGGAACAAGUGCUUAUCAAGUACAAGAAACUCCUGUUUCUCAAGUUGUAAGAAAGAAGACAACAUCAUAUGUUGGACUAGUUCUUGUUCUUCUCAGAGGCCUUCCGGGAUCAGGAAAAUCUUUUUUGGCGAGGACUUUGCAAGAGGAUAAUCCAAGUGGAGUCAUUCUUAGUACUGAUGAUUAUUUUUGUAUAAAUGGACAGUACCAGUUCUAUGUAAAGUACUUAGGAGAAGCACAUGAAUGGAACCAGAAUCGUGCUAAGGAAGCAUUUGAGAAGAAGAUAUCACCCAUAAUAAUAGACAAUACAAACCUACAGGCCUGGGAAAUGAAGCCAUAUGUUGCUUUGUCUCAAAAACAUAAAUAUAAGGUCCUCUUCCGGGAACCAGACACAUGGUGGAAAUUCAAACCGAGGGAGCUUGCAAGGCGUAAUAUUCAUGGGAUAAGCAAAGAAAAAAUAACAAGAAUGUUAGACCACUAUCAACGUUUUGUUUCAGUGCCAAUAAUCAUGAGUUCUUCAGUUCUAGAGAAAAUUGAACAUAUUGAAUUAUGUGCAUAUUCUUGUGAGGAUAGAAGUUCCAGCCCAAGAGACAAUGAAGAUAUUACCUCUGAAAAAGAAGAAAAUGUUUUAUCCUCAUCACUGAAGCAUCUAGAAUUAAUUGAAGAAAAGAAUCCUGAAAUGACCAAAGAAACGGUGUUGCCUGAGAAUAUUACAUAUCUCCCCCAUGCAGAUAUAAGCAAAGGAAGGAAAGAAAUAAGUGCUAUACGUCAUAACACUCUGAGUCAGUUCAUUCAGGAAGCUGCACACAUCUAUCUUUCAGACUCUGGAAGCAAAGUUCAAGUAGCAGACAAGAGAGAAAAAGAAUAGCAAGUAGAAAUGACAUCUUAAAAACAGUGUAUUAAAACAUGCAGAUAGAGUAUCACCAAGUAUUUGCUCUGGUGAAAAUAAUCAAGACUGUGAUCUGGCAAAUACUGUACCACUUCAAAAUG